AUGACAACUUCUACAAACGAUUCUCAAAUCCCACUUGGACGCUACAUCUUUGAGCGGAUCAGACAGGUGGGCGUGAAAACCAUCUUUGGUGUUCCUGGAGACUUUAACCUUUCUUUAUUGGAUCAUAUCUAUGACGUUGAAGGGCUAAGAUGGGCCGGUAACGCCAACGAGCUCAAUGCUGGUUAUUCUGCCGAUGGAUACUCUAGAAUCAACGGAUUGAGUUGUUUGGUGACCACUUUUGGUGUGGGUGAUCUUUCUGCCGUGAAUGCAAUUGCUGGAAUGAUGGCCGAGCAUGUGGGGUGUCUCCAUAUUGUCGGUACUCCUUCUUUGUCAAGUAUCUCGAACCGGUUGUUGUUGCACCACACCUUGGGUAACGGCCGGUUUGACAUCUUUGAGGACAUGUCCAAACACAUCACAGAAAAGGCUACCAGUAUUGAGGACAUUGAACAUGCUCAGGCCAUUGUGGACGACUUGAUUGUCACUGCGUUCACUCUUAAAAGACCGGUGUAUUUGGGUCUGCCUUCAAACUUUGUGAAUGAGCUGGUUGACGCCAGUCGGCUGGAGAAGAAGCUCGAUCUCGAGCUGCCAUUGAACGAGAAGGAGGCCGAACUCGAGAUUGUGGAGAACAUCUAUGCCAAGAUCCAGGAAGCCAAAAACCCGAUCGUUCUGGUGGACGCUUGUGCCUCCAGACACGACGUCAAGCAUCUGGUGGCUGUGUUUGCCGAAACCACGCAGUUCCCUGUUUUCACGACUCCUAUGGGCAAGUCGUCGUUCGACGAGGAUAAUCCAAGAUACGGAGGAGUUUAUGUUGGUGUUCUGUCCAAUCCGGACGUUAAGGAAGCCGUGGAGAGCGCGGACCUGAUUUUGAGCGUGGGCGGUCUGUUGUCGGACUUCAACACAGGUUCGUUCACGUACAACUACCACACCACUAAUGUGAUUGAGUUCCACUCGGACUUUUGCAAAGUCAGGGCUGCCACCUACUCCAACGUCAAGAUGCAGUACGUUUUGGAGAAACUGGACGAGAAGAUCAAGAAGGGAACCUCGAACUACGUUCCAGGCCCAUUGCCUGCUUCUGUUCAUGAUUACAAGCAGGUUGUCAACGUCAAGUCUGGUAAAUUGACCCAGGACUACCUGUGGAAGAAGCUAUCGUACUUCCUCAAAUCCGGAGACGUUAUUGUCACCGAAACAGGUACCUCCUCGUUUGGUGUGAUCCAGACCCACUUCCCAUCCAAGGUGACAGCCAUUUCGCAGGUGUUGUGGGGAUCCAUUGGGUACUCGCUGCCAUCUGCCGUGGGGGCCCAGUUUGCGCUUGAGGAGAUCGAUCCAAACCGCAGAUGCAUCCUGUUUAUCGGAGACGGAUCGUUGCAACUGACGGUCCAGGCCAUCUCUGACGUUUGUCGCUGGAACCUCAAGCCUUACCUGUUUGUGUUGAACAACAAGGGAUACACCAUCGAGAAGCUGAUCCACGGAGAACACGCCCAGUAUAAUAUGAUCCAGACCUGGGACCACUCCAAGAUCCUCGAGCUUUUCCACGACAAGGUCGAAUACGAAAACCACCGCGUGAGCACCGUCGAGGAGCUUAACACUCUGUUUGAGGACAAGGCGUUCAACAAGAACGACAAGGUGAGAUUGAUCGAGCUGAUGCUGGACGAGAUGGACGCUCCAGCCAAUUUGGUGAAGCAGGCAAAGAUUUCCGAAAAGAUCAAUUCUUCUUGA